CGGGCGGCGCCUGCGCGCACGGAGCUUCCUGAAGCGCGGGAGUCUUGUUUUGUGGUGGGUUCGUCGAGGCUGCUCUCGCUGCACAGUUUUUAGAGGCUCCAUUUCCUGGCGGCCGUUCGGCUGUCUGACGCGAGAUGGCUCCAGGCGAGGAGGAGCUGGUGGUGAGGGAGGGUGCGCUGCAACUCCCAGCCGCCUGUGCUGAGAAGUCCUAAGCAGAGCCCUCGCCGCCUGGGCCUGCGCGCUCCUCCUUUGAAGUCUCUGCGCCUGCCGGGAAGAUGAGCUCGGCCCGGGUCACGUCUUUCGAGAAGCAGCACCUCUGGAUGUACCUGCGAGCGCUCGGCUUCGAGCCGGGCGCAGCCACCGUGGCUUCCGGGAAGAUUGCGUCGCACACGCACCUCGGAGUGAACAUGUUUGACAAGCUGAACCGUGAUGCCUUUCAAAUAGUUGCUUAUUUUUUGUUUCAAACGCUAGACCAGUCGCUCACCAAAGAAGUUUUCAAGUUUUGCUGGCCUCCAUUGGACCAAAAAAGGGACACUGAAUUCCGGAAACACUGCUGUGAAUGGUUAAAAAAGAUUUCUGCUGAAUGUGGAAGUAGCUUUCCUCAAGUUGUUGGCUCACUGUUUCUUUCUCCUGGCGGCCCUAAGUUUAUUCAUCUGAUGUAUCAUUUUGCAAGAUUUGUUGCAAUUAAAUAUAUUAAAGCCAAUUCCAAAAAUUCUUCUCUACAUUUUACAGAAACAUUUAAUAUAAAGACACAAGAUAUGCACAAGUGCCUUGCCAGAUGUCAUAUAGCACGUAACAGAUUUUUUCAAAUUUUACAGAGACAAGAUUAUGUUAUCCAAAAAUACCAGGAAAAUGCACAAUUAUCAAUUAAGCAAGUCCGGAAUUUGAGGUCAGAAUGUAUAGGACUGCAAAAUCAAAUAAAAAAAAUGGAGCCCUCUGAUGACCAAAAUAAUAUAAAAGAGAAAAUUCAAAAGGUUCGAUCUUUGUGGGCCUUAGUAAAUGAAACACUCACAUUUUUGGAAAAAGAGAGAGAUGUUAUUAAUUCAGUUCUUAGUCUUGUUAACCAAUAUGAAUUAGAUGGAACUAAGGUUGUUAUUAAUAUUCCAAGUCUCUUACUUGACAAUAUCAAGAAACAGAUGUGUCAGUUGCACAUAGGAAAUGUUUAUGAGGCUGGAAAAUUGAACCUUUUAACAGUUAUUCAGUUGUUAAAUGAAGUCCUGAAAGUAAUGAAAUAUGAACGUUGUCAGGCUGACCAAGCAAGAUUUACAAUAGAUCGUCACUACCUUGAAAAAGAGACCAAAUUUCAGAGGGAAAGAUUAUCAGAUCUGAAGCGUAUGAGGUGUAAAAUAAAAGAAGAUCUCACAACUAUACAACAUUCUGUUGUUGAAAAGCAAAGAGAAUGGCAUAAGAAAUGGAAAGAAUUUCUUGGUGUGUCUCCCUUCAGUCUCUUUAAAGGUUGGACUCCAGCUGUGGAUCUUUUACCGCCUAUGUGCCCCCUUUCAUUUGAUCCUGUCUCGGAGGAAGUAUAUACAAGGAGUGUUCUUUCUCAAUAUCCUGCUUCACUUCCAGAAAUAGCUAAACAGCAUAAACAAGAAAAUGGUUGCCGUGGAGGCACUGGUACCCUGGGAGCUAUGUGUGAUACAGCCAACAGUUCUGCCUCUUUGCUGUUGAAGUCAACUUCAUCAUCAGAGACAAGCAGGGUUACACUACCUGAAAAGGAUACAGUAAUGAUGAGAGCUCCCAAAGAGAAAGAUGAGGUAAUUUCUAAGGAAGUGCCAGAAUUUGAAGGGGAAGACUCUCCAUUGUUGGAUAUUGCAAACACAGACAAUAGUGUCUCUGGAGGAUAUCUGCCAGCCCAGAAAAGUGAUCCAUUCCAAAAAGAACAAGAUCAUCUGGUAGAAGAGGUCACUAGGGCAGUCUUAUCUGAUUCACCACAGGUCUCUGAAGGAAAAGGAGUAAAAUUAGUGGAACUAAUUGACUCUGUAAUUUCUAACCCCUUCUUAUCAAGGAAACAGAUUCCCCGAACUCCGGAAAGCUUGAUAACUGAAAUUAGGAGCUCAUGGAGAAAGGCUAUAGAAAUGGAAGAUGUCAGAAGUACAGAACCAGUUCACAUGGAUACUGAUCAUGGAGAAAUAUUGCCUGAAUCCUUGCCUGUGUUGCACAAUCGAGAAUUUAGCAUGGCCAGUUUUUUCUCGGAUUUUGACCAGUCGUAUUUGCCUGAAGAGAAAAUUGUUUUGGACUGUCUGGAGGAUGUGCCUCAGAAGCAUGUGGUGACCAGUCAUACAGGUAAACCUCCAACAGAAGAUAAGUCAAAUUUGUUAAAUAAGAAAAUAAUAUGUAAGCAAGAUUUAGAAUGUAAAACUUUACUGACCACGCUAUCAGAAACCAGCCCAAUAGAGGCAUUCUCUCCUUCUGUACACAAUAGGACCGAUGUGAUGAUGGAUAGGAGUAAAGGUAAGUAUAUUAAAACAUCGGACCACUCACAAACUUAUAAUGAAACUUCCAUGCAUAAAACUGUGUUAUGGGACUCUUUUCCAACAUUGAGUGGAAUUAGUUCUAAGAGUCUUAAUAUGGAUUUUGGCAUAUUACAUGAAACUCUUCCAGAAGAAGUUGGUCACCUAAGUCUUAAUAGCUCUAGUAGUUCUGAGACUAAUUUUAAACUGGAAUCAAAUAGCUCUGUGCACAGUGGCUUUUUUCUGGAUGAUGUUAUGGAAGAAAGACAGACUGCUCCAGAAUCAGAGUUCAGUUUACAGGCUAUUCACAAUAGUUAUGAGGCUCUAAAGAAAUCUCUUUCCAAGACAAGGGGAGAAUCUCACCUCUCUAACUUUGAAACACUUGAAAGACACAAACCAGAAGUAAGUCCUACAUCCAGAAACUUGCAAGCAGACAAUAUGCUUCACUUUUUGGACACUGAUGAUUUGCUCAUUGACUAUGCAAAGGCAUCUUUACGCAUGUCCCUUGGUGAAAGAAAACGGUCCCUGUCACCAUUAAUUAAAUUUUCUCCAGUGGAGCAAAAAUUGAGGACCCCAGUACCGUGUAGCCUUGGAGAACCAUGUAGUCUUGGAGAACUUCGGCCUAAUUUAAAAGAAGAAAUCUUGAAUAAGAGCCUUGAUGCAAAGGAAUCUGACUCGACAAGCUGAUGCAGUUCCUGGUUAAUUUAUCUAUGAUGCACUUAAAUUGAAGCUGUGUUGCAGACUAGAAACUGAUUUAUAACUUAAAUACAUGUUGGAAGUGUAACACUAUUUUUCAAAGAUGUAUUAAGAUCCUAAAUACCCUUUAGCCUCUUGUAAUGCUUUUAAAUAAGGAAAAUAUGUUUGGAUUUUUUUCUUUUUUUUUUUGAUUUUUUUCUUUGUAGAGAUAGGAAGUUGAAAUGUGAAGUCUUUGGAAAGCAAAUGUCAAGUUAUGGGAUGCCAUUUUGUUAUCUUGAAUAAUCUUGUAAGCCUUAAGUAAAUAAAAAAGUAGUUUAAUUUGUUAUAAUUUUAGUUUAUUACCAUAAAGAUGAGUUGCUUUUGAUGUACUUUCACUAAGUGAUGUUUUUGGGGGAGGACUAGGGUGCCAUUUUUGGGAAAACAACUAGUUUCAAUUUGUGGUACUUUACUGCUCAAACACCAUUAAAGUUUUCAAGUGCCUACAGAAA